AUGAUUCAAAGCUUUGGCCACAUCAAUCCUGUCCCGCAGUGCAAAGAACUAAUAGACUUGACGCUCAGCAAAACCAACAGAAAGACACCCACGGUCAUCCAUCCUGGGUAUGAAAUCCCGAGAAUUAGGAAUUUCUACAUUAGAAAAGUCAAGCACUCGGCCGAGGAAUUUAAGAGCAAGCUGGAAGAAAUAGUCAGCCAGUUUCCAGUCCUCGAGGACAUCCAUCCAUUUUACUCUGACCUGCUUUCAGUGCUGUACAGCAGGGACCACUACAAGAUCGCUCUGGGGCCAAGUCAACGCUACAAAAUCAAAAGUUGA